AUGUCAUCAACCUCCAAUAGACUCGAUGAUUUCGACUCGGAACAUAAAACAUUAGAUGAAGCAGAAGGAGGAGCUUACGAGUUGCUAUCCACAACCACAAGUACUUCUAUUUCCAAGGCCGGAACAUGCAGAAGUCAAGAAGCCCAAUCUAAACUUUGCGAACGACCGCCUUUCGGCAUUAAUGGGUCUGAACAGCUCAUCACUGUGGAGGUGGCGGUGGCAAACGAUGAAGCCAACUUCACAGCCAGAUCCGCCAUUUACACUACUCUAGACUAUUCAUACAUUUCUGCCGCAACUGCAAUCAGCCUAGGUCUACAGCUUAUACCCAUGCCAUCUUCCCUGAAGGCAAUGCCUUAUUGGUCACCGUUCGGCUUAUCGAAACCUACACACUUCGUUACUACGCUCAUACGAGGAAGUGAAUUUUCUCGGUUCACUGCCAACAUUGCCGUUCUUGAUGUGGUUCCUGAAUGGCAGAACAUCAGCAUAUUCCUCAGCACAGGGUUUCGCGGCAAGGCGAACGCGGCCGGCAAAGCCUGCGGCCAGCGACGCCGGUCCGUCGACAGAACACAGGCCAUCUCCCGAGAAAUGCAACUUGAUGCUUCCAAGGAGAAUCCCGCGACGAUCUAUCUUGACGUCGGGCGGCAUGAAGGAUCGCCGUUGGAUCAGAGUUCACCUAGUCCGUAUUCUGUGGGGCCGUCUGAUACCGGCCGUCUGUAUCCACCCGGCGCGGCUUCGGGACUGUCCCGAUCUGUGAGCCGGGUCGAGAUCGACGGCUCGCCUGACACUCCUAUGGAAGCUCAUUUAUCCUCACCUCCCACGUCUUUCGAAUUAGAUGCAUUAUCUCGAUGCUCUAGGGAAGCUCAAGGAUAUGGGAGACUGGGACGCGCGUCACAAUACGGUCACGGAGCACCUCACGACAAGAUGCAGCUCAAAGACGACAUCGACUCUGUCAAGCCGCAUGCCGGGAAAUGA